AUGCAGCCCAUCGGAACUAUUCUGCUCUCCAUGGCCGCCCUCGCGGCCGCAGCUCCCUCGGCGAACACCCGUCGUGCUGUCGCCGCCGACUCUGGUCCUUUCCAGGUUUACGCCUACGGCACUGGCAUUGGAGGACUUGCCAUGUUCUCCUCUGGAGGUGACGCCUUCUUCGGAGACCACAGAAAGAUGAACGACUCCAACGCCGCCCCUGUCGUCUUCACUCCUACUGAUAACGACGUCUGGGUCGGCGCUCCCAACACCACCGAGUUCAACAACACUUCGACCCUCCCCAACUGGUCGAACCUCACCUUCUCCAUCCCCAGCACCACCUCCAGCAACCACACCGUCGGAUUCUCCAACUCCUCCUCUACCGACCGCCAGAGCUCUGGCUUCAUGUUCUACGGUAGCUUCAUCUUCGUCGAGGCCACUACCGGCGGCAUGGAGUCUCUGUGGUAUGCCACGCCCAGCAGCGUCGAUGGCGUCUUCAACCUCAAGUGGAACCAGACCGGCGACGACAGCUCCAACAAGAUCACCCUCACCUUGAAGAAGACUCCUCCUUCCAACGCCCAGCUUACUUCUGAUUCUGCCUAA